AUACAAAUUAUUUUUUUUAACAAAUAAAUUACUAUAUCUCAAUAUUUUGGGUUUUCUUUUUUCUUUUUUAUUGUAAGACGAAGUUUUAUCAUUUUCGAGAUCUCGUCUUCUAUGGUUUUUUAUUUGUUUUAUUUUUUAUUUACCUUGUGCCUUCUCUGUAAUUGAAUUAGGACUUGGAGAUCUCGUCUUCUAUGGUUUUUUAUUUGUUUUAUUUUUAAUUUACCUUGUGCCUUCUCUGUAAUUGAAUUAGGGCUUUUCUUCUUACCAAAAAAAAAAAAAAGAAAACCCACUUAUUGACCCUAUUUAGUUAAUUUUUAGAAUUAGCUUUAAUAGAAAAGCCUUUUUUUUUUUUUAAUGUCUUUUCUCUCUUCCCAUUAAUCUACCUCGAAAUUUGCUGCUUCUUUUUCACUUCUAAGCACUCCAAAACCCUAAAUUUUCAUAUUUUGCUUUUUUGGGUUUUCAGAAAACAAGGUAAAGUUUCUUUUUUUUUUUGGGGGGGGGGGGUGUUUGAUAAUUUUCCACAAUUAGGGUUCUUUUUUUCUUUUGGUUUUGGCUGCUAAGAAACCUUAAUCUUUAUUUUUCAUUCUAAGCUGUGGUUGGGUUUUUUUUUUUUUUUUCUCCUUUUGAAAAGCUAUGAACUUUACUAGUCUUUGUCUGAGUUUUCACCAAACAUAGUGAAAAAGGAAGCAGAAUUUUAAAGGGUUCUGUGGAGCAGCUAAAGAAGAGAAGGAUGAUUGCUGAGAAACCAAGUUGGGUUAGGCAUGAAGGAAUGCAGAUUUUCUCCAUUGAUGUUCAGCCUGGCGGUCUUAGGUUUGCUACUGGUGGGGGUGACCACAAGGUUCGAAUAUGGAACAUGAAAUCUGUUGGCAGGGACUUGGAAAAUGAUGAAUCUACACAGAGGCUUCUUGCAACCUUGCGAGAUCACUUUGGGUCUGUCAACUGUGUUAGGUGGGCUAAGCAUGGUCUAUUUGUUGCAUCAGGCUCUGAUGAUCAAGUGAUUCUAAUUCAUGAGAGAAAGCCUGGUUCUGGAACCACUGAGUUUGGCAGCGGAGAGCCCCCUGAUGUUGAAAAUUGGAAAGUUGCAAUGACACUGAGGGGACACACUGCAGAUGUGGUGGAUCUUAAUUGGUCUCCUGAUGACUUGAUAUUGGCUAGUGGGAGUUUGGACAACACCAUCCACAUAUGGAAUAUGAGCAAUGGCAUCUGCACAGCUGUGCUCAGGGGUCAUUCUAGUCUUGUUAAAGGAGUUGCCUGGGAUCCCAUUGGUUCCUUCAUAGCAAGUCAAUCUGAUGACAAGACGGUCAUAAUAUGGCGAGCAAGUGACUGGAGUCUUGCUCAUAGAACAGAGGGUCACUGGGCAAAAUCACUGGGAUCUACGUUUUUCAGGCGGCUUGGAUGGUCACCAUGUGGCCAUUUUAUAACUACCACUCAUGGUUAUCAAAAGCCAAGGCAUUCUGCACCUGUUCUAGAGAGAGGAGAAUGGGCUGCCACAUUUGACUUCUUAGGCCACAAUGCCCCGGUUAUUGUAGUGAAGUUUAAUCACUCAAUGUUCAGAAGGAAUUUUGCCAAUUUGCAGGAAGUGAAAGCCACACCUGUUGGCUGGGCAAAUGGAGCUGCUAAGAUUGGGGGAAAAGAAUCACAGCCAUAUAAUGUAAUUGCAAUUGGAAGUCAGGACCGCACUAUAACUGUUUGGACAACUGCAAGUCCUCGACCUCUUUUUGUAGCCAAGCAUUUCUUUGGUCAAAGUGUUGUGGAUUUAUCAUGGAGCCCUGAUGGCUAUUCUCUCUUUGCCUGUUCAUUGGAUGGGACAGUGGCUACUUUCCAUUUUGAGGUGAAAGAACUUGGCCACAGGCUAAGUGAUGCUGAACUUGAUGAGUUAAAAAGAAGUCGCUAUGGUGACGUUAGAGGUCGACAGGCGAAUUUGGCAGAGAGCCCAGCACAAUUAUUGCUUGAAGCUGCUUCAGCCAAGCAAACCACUAGCAAAAAAGUAGCUUUGGAUGUUCAGCAGAACCAGAUACCUGUAAAAUCUUCUGUUGAGUUGGGGGCUACAAACAAAAAUUCUGAGCCUCAGAAUAAUGAUGGGAAGAAGAGUGGGCUAGCUGCUAGUGACGGAUUAAAUAAAGCAGUGACUUCUGCCCGGAUUUCUAGUCCUGUGAAACAAAGAGAAUAUAGGCGUGCUGAUGGUAGAAAGAGGAUCAUUCCUGAAGCAGUUGGUGUGCCCAUUCAGCAGGAAAAUAUUUGUGGCAAUGCUCAAUCUCAAGCACUAGACUUCCCUCUUUCAUCUUCCUAUCACAGAGAAAAUGAUAAUGUAGUUCCUACUGAUGGUGGUUUGAGAGAAGCUUCUGGCAGGGGAACCAUUGAUAGAAGCUCUGAUUUAAAGGAGCGCUUGGGGGUCACUGCCAGGGCUAUUGUUACUGACAGCCUGGUUAUAGAGAAAGUUCCAGUCUCUGCUGGCCAAGAUCAUAGCAUCAGUGUAGAACAGUGUGGAAGCAUGAAGCCUUCAGAUUCCACUGCUUCCUCUACCACAUCUCUUUCAAUUAGGGUAUUUGAGAAGAAAGAAGGUGAGGAUAUGACACCAGUUUGCUUGGAAGCUUGUCCUAGGGAACGUGCUGUGAAUGACAUUGAUGGUGUAGGAAAUGCAUGUAUGACAAAAGAAACAGAAAUUGUUUGCACAAAAGGGUCUCAAACUCUUUGGUCUGAUCGUGUCUCAGGAAAAGUCUCUGUUUUAGCAGGAAAUGCAAACUUCUGGGCUGUGGGAUGUGAAGAUGGGUGUCUGCAGGUUUAUUCAAAGUGUGGAAGACGUGCAUUACCGACCAUGAUGAUGGGAUCUGCAGCAUCCUUUAUAGAUUGUGAUGAGAGCUGGAAAUUGUUAUUGGUCACAAGGAAAGGAUCUUUGUAUUUAUGGGAUCUCUUCAAUAGGAACUGUCUCCUCCAUGAUUCAUUGGCUUCUUUAAUCACUUUGGACCUUAGCUCAUCUGCAAAAAGUACAUGCACAAUCAAAGUUAUAUCUGCUAAGUUAUCAAAAUCUGGUUUUCCUCUCGUUGUUUUGGCUACUCGGCAUGCAUUUCUCUUUGACAUGAGUCUAAUGUGUUGGCUGAGGGUCGCAGAUGACUGCUUCCCUGCAUCAAAUUUUGCCAGUUCUUGGAAUUUGGGUUCAAUUCAGACUGGUGAGCUGGCUGCACUGCAGGUGGAUGUCAGGAAAUAUUUGGCCAGAAAGCCAGGCUGGAGCAGGGUUACUGAUGAUGGUGUGCAGACACGUGCUUAUUUAGAAGCCCAGUUGGCAUCAUCAUUGGCUUUGAAAUCCCCUAAUGAAUAUCGCCAGAGCCUUCUUUCCUACGUACGCUUCCUGGCGAGAGAAGCAGAUGACUCUCGUCUGCGAGAAGUCUCUGAAAGUUUUCUCGGGCCACCAACUGGGAUGGCUUCAGAUUCCAAGAAUCCUGCUUGGGAUCCCUAUGUGCUUGGAAUGAGAAAACACAAACUUUUAAGAGAAGACAUUCUUCCUGCAAUGGCAUCCAAUAGAAAAGUUCAGCGUUUACUUAAUGAGUUCAUGGAUCUCCUCUCAGAAUAUCAAAGUGUUGAAAACAAUCUAGACCAAAAAAUUCCAUCUCCGCCAACUACUUCUCAACCAGCUAUAGAUCUGAUGGACUCUACCCCGUCUGCAGCAGGUCAAACAGAUUCUGCCCUGCUGGCAACAGAUAAGAAGGAAAAUCCUUCCCUUGGUCAAGAUAAAAUGGAUUCUGCUCCAUCAAUAACACAUCAAGUAAACUUGGGCAACCUCCAAUAAUGCUUACUAGCGAACAGCGGAGUGCUCAGAAAUAUAUCCCUUGCUGUUACUCCUUGCCAUCUUGAGCUUGAUGCUUGAAAGGGCAGCCUCCUAUAUAUAUGGAGCUUCUCAUUUUGUUGGACCAGAUGUAUUUUUUUUGUUUCUUUGUGUAUGUAACUUUAGGAUCUCACUUGUUAGUUAAAAGUUAUUUUUUGUUUCUCACCAUUGAUAGAAAUCAUUCUCUUGUACAAUUAAUUGAGCAUAAUAUUAAUCCAAUCCUGUCUUUCAAGUGUU